AGUAUCUGAGUCCCAUAUCCUGCUUCGCGUCGCACCCUGCCGCCGCCUCUUAUCUGCCAUGAAAUGCUCCUGAGCCCGUCUUCCAUCAUGUCAGCCUCUGUCGACGUCCUCCCCCACAGGCCGUCCCUGCUCGACCGCCGCGCAUCCAGCAGCUACGCGGACCUCCCUGACCGUCUUUCCGUAGCCGACCUCUUCGCCCCCGCCGCCCAGUCCACCGCCGCACGGCCGGCCGCUACUCGUGGUGCGUCCAGGAAGCACUCUGCCGCGUUCCUCCCCUUCGUGCCCCUCACGCCCAUCAUGGCGUCCCCGCUCCUGACGCCGGAUAUCGCGUACGCCCCAUCGCCUGCUGCGGUACUCGCCGGGCACGACCCCCCGCAGAGACAAGACAAACAAGACUACCUCUCCCACCACGUUUCCCCGCCGCACCCAACGUGGACUACCUCACCCCCUACCCCUCCUCCUAAAUCAUCCCCGUCCCCGCGCGCGGCGUCCGCAUCGGGUUCUGGCUUGUCGUCCCCAGUGCGCGUGGGCCGCGGGCGAAGCCAUAGCAAGACGAGCAGAAGUCGGAGCACGAGUACGACCCGUUCAGGUCCCCGGCCUGCUUCUAUUGCUUCGUAUACUCCCACUCCGCUGUCACGCUCAUAUUCCCCCUCGCCCUCGCUGCACAUUCCAAGACCCACACCGCCAACCAAAGCCCUUGCUGCGCGUCGGCUCUCCUUACCGGCAAAUCUGCAUAAACCACUCCCGCCGCGACCGUCGCCGACAGCUGACGGAGCGCCCAUAGACAUGCCCCCGGUGCCCGACAAGAAGGCAGGCGCGGAGAUCGACGAUGUUGAUGCUAGCGAGGGGGCGCUUCUCCCGAGCUUAUCGCGGCGCGCCGCGCACGUUGGUGCGGCACCCAUAGCUGACCCCGGUGAAACAGCCGCAUCGCGCCGGCGCGCGAGGAAGCUGUUCAGUCUGGACGAUGAGGACGGCGAGGGGGACCUAUCCGAUUCGGAGGACCGCGAGCGAGACGCCUCGGGCGGUGAGAAAGGGGGCGUUCAAAAGGAGGCCGCGCCGGCAGCGCAGAUGGCGGAAGAGCGAGUUAUGGACCCGGAGCGGGAACGGGAAAGGGCAGAACGGGUACGUCGGUACCAUGCGCUCAUGGAGCUCCUAACCACAGAGGUGGGGUACCUCCUGGACUUGCGCACCCUGGUCACCGUCUAUCUCGACCAACUCCUCCUGCUUUCUUCACCGUCACAGAUAUCUGUGGUGCCUGCUCCUCUUGGGACAUCCGGACUGCCGACGCCUCCAUUAGCGCAGCCACUGUCUCUCGGAGUGCCCAUACCCUCUUCCGGCCGGUCGAUGUCCUCGCUUUCCGCUCUAUCAAUACCCUCCAUUUUUCCCAGCUCUAGAUCCUCCUUUCUUUAUAAUUCCUCGACCGCGCCUUCCUCAUCCCCUAGCGCGGCCAACAUAUUGUCUCUGGCCUCCCCUGACGCUGAGGGAGAGGAUGACGCUUCUAACGAUCGGUCGAGACAGACCUCGGGUGCAUCCACGUCCACGUCCACCGAGAGCGCGCCCCGGGAUCGGGACAAGGAGCGCGAUCACGAGAAGGAGAAUCUGGAGCGCAUACAGCCGCUCAAACCAAGCAAAUCCUCCCGUCAGCAAACAUCUGCGCUUACUGAGCGGGAAGUUCGCGCGGUGUACCGGAAUGCACGGGAGCUGCUAGCAUUUCACGAGCGGUUUGUGCACGAGCUGCGGGCGGCGGUCGGGCUCAUCGGCUUCGGCAUGUUGUUUACCGGGGACGAGGAAUGGUUGCAAGAAAUGCACGGGGAUGGGGAGGGCGUCAUCGCCGACCUUGUCGAGCACGCGGUCGAGGUCGUGACGACGAAGUUUACAAACGAGGCCGCAUCGUUCAGCAUCUACGAGACGUUUUGUCCGGGGCAUGCUGCUGCAACGGAUUUGAUACGACGCGCUCAAGAGCGUUGGCCAGCGGCUUGGGACACGUACGAGCAACGGUGCGCGCUGCUUUCGGCACGCAACUCGGACUACCCCCCACAACCCCACGUUCGCGGAGUCAGCGACAAUACGACCGCCGCGACUCAAACCGCUAGUCAAACUUCCCAGGAAGCCGCUGCCUCAGAGGUUCCCAUGCGAAAGAAGCGGCGACAUUCAACCCCAGCUCUGUCUCUGUCCGCUUCAGCUGCCUCCGUGCACAGCGCAGCCGCGUCGCCGAACCAGCUUCCCUUCCCUUCGACAUCCAGUCCCGGCUCCUCCACGUUACCACCCCCGAUCGCAACACCCAGUGAGAGGCAGCUGCGCACGGCGGGGCAGAAACUCAAGUUCAUGGAUUACUUGAUUAAGCCUGUCCAGCGGAUAUGCAAGUAUCCGUUGCUGCUCGACCAGCUUCGUCCGAAGCGCGGUGACGCAGCUAGCGUGCCACAGGCCGCGGUGGACGAAGCCGUGCGGAGAGCGGGAGAGGCGAUGCGCAGGGUCGUCUCGCGCGUGAACCGCGCAAGCGAGAAGGAGGCGCACAACCUGCGCUCGGCCCUCAUCGCAUCCCGGAUAGCGUUCUCGUACGCACCUCCUAUGCCUAUGCAGAGCAUGCCGUCCUCUGCGCCAGCAUCGAUGUACCCAUCUCCGCCGCCGACGGCCCCUUCGUCGUCGUCCGGGUCGUCUUCCUCGCAUGGGCACGGCACUUCUUCCGCCGGUUCUUGCACUUCCUCGCCCGCCAGUCCCAUACCUCUCUCCGCCACCGCCGCCCAUGGUGUGGCCUCCUUACCUCCCCUCGCGGUUCCCUCCCAGCGCACGACCGGGCUCACCGCCGAGUUCGUCUCCUCACUGGGUCCAUGUAUGCUCGCUGGGGCGCUUGAUGUUAUCCAGCAUCCGGCGCACCGCGCAAAGUACCUCGGUGUGUUCCUGUACGCAGGCGGCUACUGCAUACUGGUCAAGAUCACGAAGGGCGGGCGCGUGUACGAGCCGCGGCACUGGUUCCCGUUCGGUGCGGUCGAGGUGGUGGACGUCGAGGAGGAUGAUCCUUCCUUCCCGUACUCGUUCCACGUAACCGCCCAGGGGUGCCACUUGCAGCUCGCCGCGGCGUGCGCGCAGGAGAAGGCAUUCUGGCUGAGCGCGAUCGCUGACUCGCUCAAGACCAAGCCGAGCUGGGUGCGGGAGCCGCUGUCGACCUUCCAGGCGGACCAGAAGACGCCGCUGUCUGCGACCGUCGACGACCCGCUGCAGGAUUCGCCCUCGGGUCUCCCUGCCAUCCAGUCCCUGUCGGACCUCGAGAAGCAGAGUGGCGGCAGUCCGCCCGCCGCUGACUCCGCUCCCGCCACUCCAGUGGGUCGCGGGCAGCUGAAGUACUCCCGGACGCUGUCGCGGCUCGACAGCGCCGCGCUCAGGCAGGACUCGCAUCCCCCUGUCACGAUCUCGGCUGCGCUCAGCCGCCGCUCUUCGACCGCAUCCGUCAAGGCCUUCUUCACUCCGUUUGACUCGACGCGGCCGACCCGCCCAUCGUCGCAGGUCCGCGCCCAGGUCGAACAGGGGCUGCAUGACAUCUUCUCCGAAUCGUGCUUGGCUGCGCGGUCGCAAACACAGAUGCGCGGGGAGGACCUGUUCUCCGCCCGUGUGCCCCAGGGGAGCGGGAGUGGGAUGGGGAAGAGGCAGGGAAGCGGGAUCCCGCGCUCAAACUCGGGCAUAAGUAUCGCGAACGCGAUGGGCCUGACGGCUGCCAAGCGGAGGUACGACAACGCGCUUGUGUCGCGGCGGAAGGCGUCCGUGGAGGGCAUCCCAGACGUCCCUGUGCCUGGUGAGAGUGCGAACUUGGGGACGGAGAUGAACGCGGGUGCAGCUGGGCGUGCGAAGUCGCUCGCCGUCAGGCGACACAAGAAGCAGCCAGCCUCCAUCGCCCCCGCGAUCACGACGGCCAUCGCGCAGCUGAGCGCGGACGCGGCGAGCGGGCGGCGGGGGUCGCUCGUGCAGAGCCCGGAGGCGCUGUCGCUGGACUCACCGCCCGCUGCAUCCCAUUCAGGCUGCUCGUCGUCCGUGUCUUCGUCCCACCCUGGCUCGCUGCUGCCCAGCCCGACUGAGGCCGCCACGCUGCCGAUUCCUAUCCCGGGGUUGUCUCCGAAUGGCACCCUGCGCCAGUCGGACAUCAUGCAGGUCCGCGCGGAGGACGCGAAACCGAAGCGAUCAAGGUCGAUGGUCAGCCAUGUGCGGAACAUCUUCCACCAGCGGCGCUCGGACACUUCACCUUCACCCUCGCCGUCGCCGUCGAGGCCCGAGUAUGCCCACGCCUCCUCAGAGUUCGCCCCGCAGUUGCCGCCUCUGUCGCUCGAGAGCCCGACCUCUGAGUAUCCACCCUCCGAGUAUCCAACCGGGAUCGUGCAGUGGUUGCGGCGUACCUCUCUGCGCCGUCUAGACUCCAGCUCUUCUGGGUCUCAUUCGUCGGAGGACCGCCAGCACAGCGGGAAGCGCCCUCUGCCUCUGAGUAGGAGCUCGACGGACGGGGUGUCGGGGCGUGGUUCAGGCCAUCUCCAAGAUCAGCCUUCGCUUCUAAUAUCACAGAGCCCACGACGGAUGGGCUUCGACGCCCCGAAAAGACGCCGCUCUCUGUUCGUGCCGUCCGCGCGCUCGCGUGACCGUGCGGCUGCACCGCGUGAUGAUGCCUCCCGCUCGGACGUGCCUUCGCCCGUGCCCUCCGCGAGCACAGGCAGCUCCUCCCGGAAAUCGAUCAAGAACAUCUUCCUCUUCCAGCGGUCCAACUCGCUCACGCCGCUGCGGUGACCGUCCGCCUGACGCUACAUUUGUGUGAUACGUUGAUACCCGCAUACGCCCGCGUACGCCCUCCGUCCAUCCCUGUCCCUGCCCGCUUCUCUUGCAUGUGUUUCGCACCAUUACAUACAAGCAUGUUCCACGCCCUGCCGAUACAAUGUACAUAGCCCCUCCAUUCGUUCCUUCCCUGGCCACCCGGGCCUCCACGCAUCUAAUAUUAAGCUUAAAGUCUGCCUAUUGCCCCCCUCGUAUUGUCUCGAGUACUGUAACACGUCUUCAUGCCUCCCCUCCGCCGCCGCACCAUCACAAUAAGUCCUUAAGUACUUACAUAACAUCACUUUCGUCUCUUUGG